AGUUUCGCCCAACAGAGCACAGCUGCUGGGAGAGAAUGGUGCAGCUCCGCGCUCAGCUCGGCUGCGUGAUUCUACCCAGCUCCCUUCGCGUCUCCCCGCAACUUUAAGCGACUGUCUGCAAGAGUGCGCGCACAAAAGUUGGACCCUGCUCCGGCUCUGCUCCCCCCAAAUGGCUCGGCUCAUCCCCGCGCAUACGCCCGGGGCCGGCGCCGCUCAUCUGCUCCUGCUGGCGCUGAUUCUGACAGGUGAUGCAGUUGCGAGUGUUGCUGACAGCCACGGAUUAUCGUACGCCCUGCGGCCCGAGCUCUCGGAGGACACCAUCCUGGUCGCCAACAACGGGAUCCGCGUCCCCUUCGGCAGGUCGGUCUUCGUUGAUCCCGUCAACGAUUUGGUGGUGCAAGUUCAGCCCGGCGACAGAUGCAGCAUCACGGUGCUGGACAACGACCCCCUGUCUCAGAGACCCGGACACCUGUCGCCGAAAAAGUUUCCGUGCGAAUUUGGCCCCAACGACGUGAAGUACGCGCACUUUGGCUCCCGGAGCCCCCCGAGAGACAGAGUUCGUUUACAGCUCAGGUAUGACACCCAGACGGACACGAUAAUAAUACCGUUCAUGAUGGAGGUGGAGGUGAUCUUUACGCAGCUGGAGGUGCUGACAAAGAACAUGCCCCUCACCGUUGACGCGCUGCUGGGCACCAGUAAUCCCAUCGACAGAACAAUUUUGGAGUUCACCUUUGAUAGGAGCAGGCAGCAGUGCAAAAUCUCCUCUCUCGCCAGCGGUAACGUGAUUCCCAGAUACGGGAAACUUGUGGACGAGGACGGCCUCAGAGCAACGGUGGACUGUGAUGAAUUUGUUGGGAUGAACAUCCGCUAUCGGCACACUUUUGCUUCCAAGUCUCCGAACAGAGAUUACAUCCCCAUGCUGGUGGAGUUGUAUGAUAAAGAGGGAAACGUGCUUAAGCGGGAGUUUUUCCAGAUUUUGGUGAGAAUAAAAGACGGGGAGGACAACACGCCCCCCAAGCCCAGCUUUGUUGCCAUGAUGAUGAUGGAAGUGGAUCAGUUCGUAAUGACAGCCAUAACCACCGACAUGCUGGCUGCUGAGGACGUGGAGUCCAAUCCCGACGAAUUAAUUUUCAACAUCACUUCCCCUCUGUCCUUUGAAGAGGGCUACAUAGUCAGCACAGACGACAGGAAUUUACCCAUAAGCUCAUUUUACCAGGGAGAACUCAAAGAAUUGAAAAUUGCUUACAAGCCUCCCGCUGUGGAUUCGGACGCAGAGAGGAUUUUCCAGAUUGAGUUCGAGGUGGUGGACACAGAAGGGGCUGUGUCAGACACGUUUGCAUUCAUGAUUGUCGUCAAGCCCAUGAACACCAUGGCCCCCGUAGUCACAAGGAACACCGGCCAGUUGUUGUAUGAGGGCCAGUCCAGGCCGCUGUCCAGUUCGCAAAGUCUGGAAAUCAGUGAUGAGGACAAUUUAGACAAAGUCAGAAUUAGCGUUAUUGAUGGCUUGAGGCACGGACAGUUAACCGUUCUGGGCUCCACGAGGAAAUUUUUCACCCCAGCUGACCUUGAUGCCGGAUUAGUCAUUUAUCAGCACGAUGGCAGUGACACAUACAGCGAUAAUAUCAUCUUCAGGAUGACAGAUGGCACGAACGAAGUUGAGUUUUUGUUUCCCAUUACGGUGGUGCCUACAGACGACGAGGCGCCCAUCAUCAAUGCCAACACAGGUUUGAUAUUGUUUAAAAAUCAGGUCAUGCAAAUCUUCCCAUCUAUGCUGAGUGCCGCUGAUAUUGACUCGGAAGAUUCGACGAUAAAAUUUGCACUGGAGCCUCCCUUUCCAGCGGUGGGGCAGGUGCUGCUGCGUCAGUCUGAGGCACCGAAGGACCCGUCUACGUGGAAGUUUGAUACGCAGGAUGAAAUGUAUGAGAAAGUAGUCACCGAAUGGCUGCUGCAGGACAUUCUUGACGGAAAACUGUUCUACAAGCACACGGGGCCCCACAGCACGAGCACAGUCAUGGAUCAGUUUGUGUUUAGAGUACAAGAUGACAACGAUCCCCCCAACCAGUCAGGUAAGAACACGUUCAUAAUCAAAAUAUUUCCUGUUGAUGACCUCCCACCGGAGCUUUACCCUCGCACGACCUUACAAAUGACUGUGCACGAGUAUCAGCUAACGUACUUCCAGAAGAAAUUCCUCCGGUACACCGACCUGGACUCAGAAGAUCGAGAUCUCAAGUACACCAUCAUCCAGCCGCCCACAGACACAGACGAGAACAGCCCUGUUGUGCUGGGAGCCCUGGUGCUGACUGAAGACCCAAACACUGAAGUCACAACUUUCACACAGGCACAAAUUAAUCACCACAAGAUAGCCUACAAACCACCUGAUCUCGAGCUGGGAAUUACCACUCACGUUGUGCAGUUCAGGUACACCGUGGAGGAUGUCUCCAGAAACAGCGCCGACGGGGUUUUUACAAUAUUCUUAAAGCCCGUGGACAACAAACCGCCUGAAAUAACAAACUCUGGGUUUACUGUGCUUGAACGCAGCAGACAUAUCCUCACCAGAGGCGAGCUGGACACCACAGACACAGACACAGAGAGCAGCAAGAUAAUCUUCACCAUCACACAGCCUCCUCUUCAUGGCCAGAUCCAGUUUGCAUUCACUGACAUGACCAAAGGAGACACAUUUAACCUAGAGAAUAUUCAAAACGGAAUGAUCUCAUACAUCAACAAUGGGGAUGAAUCAACCGUCGACUCAAUAAAAAUAGACGUCAGUGAUGGGGUGCAUGUAGUUCCAAUUUCUAUCAAAAUUACCGUGAAGCCAAUUGACGAUGAGAUUCCAACAAUCAACCUACCAGUAGGUACAAUAGGCUCGUACAUAGAUGUUCUAGAAGAUAAGGCCACCGAAAUCACAAGCAACGUGAUCCAGGGGAGAGACGAGGACACGGAUGACCUCCGUUUGACCUUCAUCAUUGAAGACAAGCCAUCAUUUGGUGAAAUCCUGGUGAAAGGGGUCCCGUCGAGCACGUUCACUCAAGCUGAUAUCAUUAACGGCUUUGUGGUCUACGCUCAUACGAGCGGAGAGAUUGGCUUGAACACAAAGGAUGACUUUUUCAAUCUCACCCUGACUGACAUGUCUGAUGAGUGGACUAUAGGUGGAAAUAAAAUUACAGGUGUCAGAGUUCAUGUGACUAUUCUUCCUGUGGACAGCCAGGCUCCUGAGGUCUUUGUAGGGCCACAGUUUACUGUUACCGAGGGAGAAAAAAAUGUAAUUCAAAUUCUUCAUAUCAGCGCUGAUGAUGUUGACACUCCGAAUGAUGACCUCCUUUGCACAAUUAUUGUGCAGCCAACUUCAGGUUAUGUGGAAAACAUCUCUCCAGCCCCAGGCUCGGAGAAAUCCAGGUCCGGGACAGCUAUUAGUGCCUUCACCAUCAAAGACAUUAGGCAUAAUCACAUCUACUACGUUCAAAGCAUUCACAGAGGAUACGAGCCAGUGGAGGACAGGUUUACCUUCAGAUGCUCUGAUGGCAUCAAUUUCUCUGAAAGGCACUUUUUCCCCAUCUCCAUAAUCCCCUCUAAUGAUGAAAAGCCAGAGAUUUACAUGAGAGAAUUUGUGGUUAUGGAGGGCAUGAACAUAGUUAUUGACACUCCCAUUCUGAACGGCGCCGAUGCAGACCUCCCAUCAGAUCAGCUCACAUUCUUCAUCACCAAACCCCCCAGGCAUGGAUUUAUUCUCAAUCAGCUCACUACCGGCACUCUCCCUGUGUCUAACUUCACCUUGGAUCAGAUCAUUGAUGGCUCGAGCAUUGUGUAUGAGCAUGAUGACUCCGAGACAACGGAGGACAGCUUUGAAAUCGUCCUCACAGACGGAAAAUUCAGUGUGGAGAAAACGGUGAUAGUGAUGGUUAUCCCUGUGGAUGACGAAACCCCGAGGAUGGCUAUCAACGAUGGCCUUGAAAUCGAGAUCGGUGACGUUAAAGUAAUCAGCAAUAACAUUUUAAAAGCUACUGAUCUGGACUCUGAGGAUAGUACACUGACUUAUAUUAUCAGAUAUGGGCCUGGCCAGGGGUAUUUGCAAAGAACAAUGCCGUCUGGUGAAUUGCAAAACAUCUCAGUGGGGAUGAAUUUUACACAGAACGAAGUAGACCAGGGAUUGAUUAUUUACAUCCACAAUGGGCAAGAAGGAAUCCGCGACCUCAUCAAAUUCGAUGUGACAGAUGGAAUCAACCCUUUAAUUGACAGAUACUUCUACGUCACAAUCGGCGGCAUUGACGUAGUUUUCCCUGAUGUGAUAAGCAAAGGAGUCUCCCUGAAAGAGGGGGGCCGUGUGACCUUGACGACGGACCUUCUCAGUACAAGUGACCUGAACAGUCCAGACGAACACUUGGUUUUCACAAUCACCCGCGCUCCUGUGAGGGGACACCUGGAAUGCACAGACACGCCUGGGAUGCCAAUCUCCUCCUUCACCCAGCUCCAGCUGGCUGGCAACAAAAUCUACUACAUUCACACCGCUGACGACGAGGUGAAAAUGGACAGCUUUGAAUUCGAAGUGACCGAUGGCUACAACCCCGUGUUCCGCACCUUCCGCAUCUCCAUCACCGAUGUGGACAACAAAAAGCCGGUGGUUACGGUACACGGCCUGGUGGUGACUGAGGGAGAGAACAAGCUCAUUACACCUUUUGAGCUGACAGCUGAAGACAGAGACACUGUUGACCGCCUGUUAAGAUUCACAGUAACCCAAAUGCCAGUUCAUGGUCGCCUGCUCUUCAACAACAGUCGGCCUGUCACCUCUUUCACAAAGCAAGACCUAAAUGAGAACAUGAUCAGCUACAAGCACGAUGGCACAGAGAGCGCCGAGGACAGUUUCUCCUUCACUGUCACCGACGGCACCCACACCGACUUCUAUGUCUUCCCCGACACGGUAUUUGAGACCCGUAAACCCCAAGUGAUGACGAUUACUGUUCAUGCUGUGGACAACGGGGUUCCACACAUUGUAGUUAACAAGGGUGCCCAGACUUUGCGGGUGAUGGCGAGAGAUCACCUGGGGUUCGUGAUCACAAGUAAGUCCCUCAAAGCGGAAGACAGAGACAGCAUUCAGGGCUCUGUGACUUUUCGGAUCACCGUAGCCCCAGAACACGGUUACCUGAUCAACCUUGGCAGAGGAAAUGCAACUGUCUCCACCUUCACACAAGCUGAAAUCGAUGACAUGAACAUAUGCUACAUUCUGAGGCACGGUGUCAAUGCCACGAACGACAUAUUCCAUUUCUCCAUCGAAGACAAUGGAGGCAACAAACUGAGAAACCAGCAGUUUAGACUAAACUGGGCUUGGAUUUCUUUGGAAAAGGAACACUACGUGGUGGACGAGGACGUCAAAUUCCUGGAGGUGGUGCUGAAACGUCGCGGCUACCUGGGGGAGACUUCGUUUGUUAGUAUUCGCACGAAGGACGGCACCGCAGUGAAGGACAAGGACUUCCGCGGGAAGGCUCAGAAACAGGUGCAGUUCAACCCAGGCCAGACCACAGCCACCUGGAAAGUCAGAAUCCUGUCAGACAGCGAGUACGAGGUGUCAGAGACUUUCCAAAUUGUUCUGUCUGAGCCGGUGAUGGGUGCUCUUGAAUUCCCAGAGGUUGCCACGGUGGAGAUCCUGGACCCAGAUGAUGAAUCAACAGUGUUCAUCCCCUCAGCUGUGUACAGCAUAGAGGAGGACAUUGGUGAGCUGCUCAUCCCCGUACGCAGAAGUGGGGACAUCAGUCAAGAGCUGAUGGUUGUAUGCUACACCCAGCAAGUUUCCGCCACAGGCACUGUCCCCACCACAGUGCUGUCCUACUCUGAUUACAUCUCUCGGCCCGAGGACCAUCACAGCAUCCUGCGCUUUGACAAGGGAGAGAUAGAGAAAUCCUGUCGGAUAGUGAUAAUUGAUGACUCCCUGUACGAAGAUGAGGAAAGCUUCAAUGUCACCCUCAGCAUGCCCAUGGGGGGACGCCUCGGCUCAGAGUUCCCCACAGCCAGAGUCAUAAUCAUUCCAGAUAUGGAUGAUGCUCCUGUUUUCUACUUUGGAGACACCGAAUACCAUGUGGAUGAGAGCGACGGCUAUGUGGAGGUGCAGGUGUGGAGGACAGGGUCUGAUCUUUCCAAAGGAGGAACUGUCACGGUGCGCUCCAGAAAGACCGAUCCGGUCUCAGCUGAGGCCGGCCUGGAUUACGUGGGGAUCAGCCGGAAUCUGGACUUUGCACCGGGGGUCACCAUGCAAACCUUUCGCGUCACCAUCCUGGACGAUCUCGGACAGCCCGUGCUGGAAGGCCCAGAGAGGUUUGAACUGGUGCUGCGGAUGCCGAUGAACGGAAUCCUCGGCGAGCCGAGCAAAACCGCCAUCGUCAUCAACGACUCCAUCUCCGACUUGCCUAAAGUGCAGUUCCGGCACGCUGUGUAUGUGGGCAACGAAAACUCCGGACAGAUCUCGGCUACAGUGUACCGCAGCGGUGACAUCAGCUACAAGUCCACAGUCCGCUGCUACAGCAGGCAGGGGACGGCCCAGGUGAUGAUGGACUUCAACGAAAGGCCAAACACAGACGCGUCCGUCAUCACCUUCCUACCAGGAGAGAUCGAAAAACCUUGUUUGCUCGUACUGGUGGAUGACACGGAACACGAGGAGGAGGAAGAGCUGCGUCUCGUCUUGGGGAAUCCCAAGAGUGACUCUCCCUUUGGAGCGUCUGUUGGAAAGCAAAACGAAACCCUCAUUAAAAUUAAAGAUGAUGCAGACAGACCUGUUAUUAGUUUUGGAGAGACCAAAUUCAGUGUGAGCGAACCAAAGGACAAGGGUCAAGUCUCCGUGGUAAAGAUCUCAGUGUUGCGCGUUGGCGACACCUCCAAGGUCUCUGUUGUUCGAGUGCACACCAAAGACGGCUCUGCCACCUCUGGGGAGGACUACCAUCCAAUAUCUGAGGAAAUUGUGUUCAAACAAGGAGAUACGGAACACCAUGUGGAGGUGGAGGUUUUAUACGAUGGUGUCAGAGAAAUGAGGGAGGCCUUCACAGUCCACCUUAAACCUGAUGAGAACAUGGUGGCAGAAACAAAGAUGAGCAAGGCCAUCAUUUACAUUGAAGAGAGCAACAGCAUGGCGGAUGUGACGUUUCCCUCCAUUCCCAUCGUGAUUUCUCUGUUUAAUUACGACGACAUCGGACAGAACAGACCCUCCCUGCCCGUGGCUGGAUACCCCGUCAUCUGUGUCACCGCUUGUAACCCCAAGUACCCAGACUACCACAAAACAGGCUCCAUCUGUGUGAGCGAGAACAUCAACGACACGUUGACUCGCUAUCGCUGGCUCGUCAGCGCCCCCACCGGCCCCGAUGGCGUCACUAGCCCAAUGAGGGAGGUGGACUUCAACACUUUCUUCACCUCCUCCAAACUCAUAACUCUGGACUCAGUCUAUUUCCAGGCUGGCUCCAGGGUCCAGUGCGCUGCCAGGGCUGUGAACUCUAACGGGGAUGAAGGCCUAGAACUUACCAGUCCCAUAGUGUCAAUCAGCACUGAUGAGGGAAUGUGUCAGCCUCGUGUGGCAGGCACGGUCGGAGCCGAGCCUUUUUCUGCCAGGCUGCGAUACAGUGGGGCGGAGGAUGCAGACCACCCCAACCUGAUCAAAUUAACUGUCACCAUGCCUCAUAUUGACGGAAUGCUGCCCGUAGUCUCCACCCGACCCCUUUCUAAUUUCGAGCUGACGCUGAGCCCAGACGGGACCCGUGUGGGCCACCAUCGCUGCUCCAAUUUGUUGGACUACACCGAGGUCAGGACCCGCUACGGCUUUCUAACCGAAACCACUAAGAAUCCAGAAAUCAUCGGUCAGACGGCGCCUUACCAAUACAGCGCCUCCCUGAGGGGAUCCAGCACUCUACGCUUCUACAGAAACCUCAACUUGGAGGCUUGUCUGUGGGAAUUCACCAGCUACUACGACAUGUCGGAGCUCCUCAGUGACUGCGGAGGCACCAUCGGGACUGACGGACAGGUACUGAAUCUCGUCCAAUCCUUUGUAACCCUUCGAGUCCCACUACAUGUGUCCUAUGUCUUCCAUUCUCCGGUGGGAGCAGGAGGGUGGCAGCACUUCGACCUGCAUUCAGAGCUGAGACUCACAUUUGUGUACGACACUGCCAUCUUGUGGAGAGAUGGUAUCGGGAGUCCACCGGAGGCUGAACUGCAAGGCGCCCUCUACCCAACCAGCAUGCGUAUAAAUGGCCAGGGGCAAAUAGUAGUUAACUUCCGCACUGAGGCCCGAUUCAGAGGCCUGUUUGUGCUAGCACACCCAGCUUCACUGCUGACCUCAAUGGUCAUGUGUGCCGACCACCCUGGAUUAACAUUUAACCUUAGCCUUGUCAGGAGUGAGCCAACCUACAGUCAGCCCAUACAACAGUGGACAUUCAUCUCAGAUUUUGCUGUGCGUGACUACUCUGGCAUGUACACAGUAAAACUGAUCCCCUGUACUUCCCCUCCGAGCUUGGAGUACACCCUCCCUCCCGUCUGCAAUCCCAGAGAGCCUCUCACCUUUGAUCUGGAUAUCCGCUUUCAGCAGGUUAGCGACCCAGUGGCUGCUGAAUUUAGUUUGAACACGCAGUUGAUACUGUUGUCUAAACGGACACUCUGGCUCUCAGACGGCUCCAUGGGCUUUGGACAGGAGAGUGAUACUGCUUUCUCACAGGGGGACACAAUUUAUGGCAGAGUGAUGGUGGAUCCGGUUCAAAACUUGGGGGACUCCUUUAUUUGCAACAUAGAGAAAGUGUUCUUGUGUACCGGUGCUGAUGGAUAUGUCCCAAAAUACAACCCGAGCAACUUUGAGUUUGGCUGCCUGGCUGACGCUCCCUCAUUACUGUACAGGUUCAAGAUUAUUGACAAGGCCCAGCCAGAGACCCAGGCCCGUUCAUUUGGCAACGUUGCCUUUAACGCUGUCCUGGCAGUGGAUGACCCUGGUGCUUUAGCUCUGGUCAGACAGCCUGGAGCAGAUGGUUUCAGAAUGGAUUCUGCAGGUCUCUUUCAGGUGGCUGCGGGGAGAGAGUGGUUCAUCCAUGCCAUCUACACGGUCCGUUCCCGGGACAACGCGAAUCGAGGAAUCGGGAAGCGAAGCUUGGAAUACCACGUAAUAAGCCAGAAGUCACACCUUCUUCCUAACGGUCACCGUCGCGUUAGAAGAUCCGCCAACGGCGAGCUUGACGUCGUAGACGAGAUCGGCGUGGAAAACAACCGCGGCACCAACAUCCUGCACAUCGCGCUGGACCGCAGCAGCCAGCAGAGGACGGGUCCAGAGAGGGAGAUCGUCACCAAAGGAAUAAUUCCCCGCGAGCUCAACCAGAAGGACAGUGACGACAGACUGGUGUUAAUCAUUGGGAUCUUUGUUGGCUUGCUCCUCACUGUGCUUCUCAUUGUUGUAGUUGUGUUCCUGGUGCGGUCUAAGCAGGAGAAGAAAGAAGCGCUCACGAACUCCGGCAGCACAGAGCCCAUGAUUACUCAGAACCUCAGCAACAACGACAGCUCUGAGGUCUAACACACCAAUGAUUGACAGAUGUAGUUCAUUUUCGUUUUCGAAAGUGCCUGACAGUUAGCUGUAAAAUGGAUUUUUACACUUUGCGUGAAGCAAAACACAAACUACGAAAGCUUUGAUAUUGUUAAACGAAAACUACUUGAAACACUGCUUCACUUCCAAAGACAGGGAGUGGACUGAACACUAAGUAGCGGAUGGACAUAAUUAGUCACUGUCUCACAGUCCUCGUCAAGCUGUCGGCACUCACUUGCUGUUAUUGAUUGGCUUCUAUUGCCAAGUGAUCCCAAGAAAAAAAAAAAAGAUAUUGUGUUUCCAAAGGUGCUACGGGAGAUUCCUCUUACCUUGAACGGCUUUGGCUGUUUUGCUGAGGUCAGGAGAAGCUGAACAAUACACUGGAGUUAUUGAACACAGACUUUGUAGACACUGUCGGCAGUUUGCUUACACUGAACAAAAAUAAAAAGUAAAAAAAAAAAAAUCAUUAAUCAAGAAUGAGUUGUCUUUACAUUCAGAGUGUGCCUAAGACGUUCCCAGGACUUUUAGUUUUGGUUAUGUAAGACGUUUGUCCUGUGUGAUCAGCAAACGUUACGUUUAAACGAAAGAAAACAUUUUAAUGAACAUUUUUUUGGGUUGCAGUCUGUGCAUGCUUUUACGUUCCGUAUUUUAAGAAGUCUAAACACUCAUUUGAAUUGAAUUUGUGAGAACCGUGUCUAAACUGCUGUAUUUUCCCACCACCUGGCAUUACACUGUAAAUCCCAGUAUUUAUCCAUAGUUAACAGUUUGGAUAGUCCUUGAUGUUUCGCUGUUGAGACACUGUAGAAAUUCAGGAUUUUGCGAUUAACACGUGGCACUAAAUCAAAGAAGAGCAUUUUUUUGGGGUAUUAAAGCAGAUUUUAAGAUGGUCUGCGGUGUACAGCUUAUUAUGGUCAUGGUUCCAAUCAACAGUUUUAAAGGUGAACCGUUUUACACACUUGACGAAUUAACUUGUGCACAUUAUUUGUGUUGACUGGUGGAGUUUUGUAGCGAUUACUGUGACACAAAAGCGUGUCAGCUGUGCUGUUUAGUUCUUUUCAGUCAUAUUAUUAAUAAAGGGAUUUAAAGGUUUUCCUUCCAUCACUGUUAAAAUAUCUUGUAUUCCCAUUUUUAUAUAUAUGUUUGUGUGUAUACCUGUGUGCGUAUCUGCAUGCUUUCAUUGGCCUGUCACUUUGCUGCUGUUACACCUGAAUUUUCCCCCCGUGGGACAAUAAAGGAGAUUUCUACUCUAUUCCAAACUAUGAUUUGCUACUAUUGAAUAUGUUAAGUUAUUUCCGGUUCUUUUAAUCUUUUUUUAGGCAUGAAUCAUUUAUGCCUUUAGUUUUUGAGAAUUAUUUUUUUUUCAUUGCAUUUAUGGGAUAUGAACAUUAUUGUGCCUGGUUUUUGUUGUGUACCUGAGUUGAAACUUUAACUUUGCUUUUCUUUCUCGUGUCCAGGCACCUGACUGCUACAAAAGCUGAUUACCUCUUUAUCCUGUUUUUAACACCAACUUCUUAUAUAUUUUAUGAUUGUUUUGUUGUUUGCAGUUUCUUUUGAGAUUAAAAAAGGUUCUAUGCAACAUUUAAUCUAAUACCUUUAUUAAAUGUCAUUGUUGUUUCAUUUUGUUUCACAAUCAGUUUGCUACUUUCCAUUUAACCCUGUAUCUAUGUCUUGUGGUUGUUUUAACACACAUGCAUUGAGUGCAUUCAGAGAGUUUUAUGUAUUUAUGUAUAUACAUAUCUUGUAUUUUACAUAUAAAUGUACCAUUUGGAAGUUUUGGGAAUGGUUAUUGUUAAAAAAAAAAAAAACAGGCAAACUGUACUUGCUGUAAGAAUUUGUAACAUAGACCUGAAGUUCAACAUGGUCUGCAAAUAAAAUAAUUUUUUCAGGAA